AUGGUGGUCCCUGCAUUCGGCUUCUCGUUUGGGGACUUUACAGGAGGCAUUGUCCUCGUGAAAGAGCUCAUCACGGCUCUACGCGAUGGUGCUGGAGCAAAGCCACAAUACAAACGUCUUAUCACGGUGUUAGUAAAUCUCGAACGCGCGUUGACCGAGGUCCAACUCCUCAAAGUCGAAGACUCUCAGGCUGCACAGAAGAUUGCACUAGAACAAGCUGCAUUACAAUGUCGAGGGAGCAUAGAGGAUUUCUUGAGACAGAAUGCGAAGUUUGAAGCGACGCUCGGUGCCCAGACGACUUCCUCGAAGUGGAAUUGGCGAGCCAAUCUACACAAGAUACAGUGGGUCAUGUGUAGGGAAGAUUCCAUUGAUAAGUUGAAGGCCGAGAUAAUGGGACACACAUUAGCCAUCAAUACUUUGCUGAUGACGACACACUUAUCAGCGACAGCGAUACAGACCGAGUUAACGAAAAGUCACCAAUUAGAAAGUAAAGAACAUCGCAAAGUAACGGAUGAAGCACAAGCUCUGGUAAAGCAGAAUCAUGCUCUCCUGAGCAUUCAAACGAAUCUUACUCUCAUGAUUUCUCGGAAUAUCGAAAACUUGUCAACCCGCCAGCAAACUGAAGAACUCCAAUCAAUUGUACUCAAAAUCCUCGAUACGAAUGUGAAAAUGUACGAGAUGGUCUUGGAUAUGCAGAAACUUCAAUCUCAACUCCCUGUACAAGUUGAUCGUCAACAGCCUGUGCACUUUGAGGAUGCUCAUGGCCGAAUAACUCCAUUCCACACUGAGUUUAUCAACUCAUUUGAUGCGUUUCAGGCAGUGAUAGAAUCAAUUUCAAAAAGAAAGCUUGAUCUCACCGCCUCCUGGGACUCUGUUUUCCUGCCAGGCAGGAAGGUGAACAUGAGUAUGGUGUUUCGCAGGCCGCAAACAUCCAUGUCAUCGUGUCCCGGGUGUCAGGCCGAGAAUGAGAUUGAGGGUAGUAAUAGAGGAUCUGAAAUUCAAUGUUCUAAUAUAGACUGCAAAAUGUGGUACCAACGAAUAUUUGAGAUAGAUGCUCCUCAAGAAGCCCCAUUCGCUGCGCCCAAGAUCAAGCUGGGUAAGCGCGGACAAAAGGCUACACUAACAUCAUCUAGGAAAAGAUCCAAACAGCUAGUUAUUGAAGGUUCUGAUUACGGCGUGGAGAAUUCUGCUCAAGAUGAGGAUGAGGAUGACGACGAGAUACACGAAUUCCGGCGUGUACAAGUCGUUCACAAGAAUUUUGUGCCGAAAUCUCUACUGCAGCAUGUGCGGCGCGACUACUCUAUGAGCAUGACAGACUCAGCUCCUUCUGAAUCUGGAAUCUUAAUGGGCGUCACAAGCUUAUCCAAUAAACAUACAAAACCAGAUGGUCCACAAGUCUACACCGCCGCCUAUCCUAAUAUUCUCAUGUAUGAAAUGGAAGCCAACGGGGCAGCGGUAAUGCGCCGAAGCUCAGAUUCCUGGUUGAACGCAACACAAAUUCUAAAGGUCGCACAGAUGAAAAAAGGACAACGCGCAAAGACUAUAGCGAGAGAGAUUCUAAUCGGAGAACAUGAAAAGAUCCAAGGUGGAUAUGGUAUAUCUCAAGGUAUUUGGAUCAAUUAUGAGCGAGGUGUGAGGCUCUGUCGACAAUACGGCGUGGAGGAGCUGCUACGACCACUCCUUAAUUAUGAUAUGGGAGUGGAGACUCCGACAAAGCGGCAGAGAGUUGCGCAGAGGCACGACAAGACAAGCCGCAAGGCGAUGUCUUGGUCGGGGACCGGAAGACAUGCGGCAUUCUCUAGAAUAUCAGAGUUCCAUUCGUGGAGAAUUUGA